AAGUGAAAGUGACUUAAAAAGUGAAAGUUUAAAAAAAGUCAGUUCAAAUUUUUUUCAACCCAACGGAGAAAGUAAUAACAGUGAAAGUGACAACAGUGAAAGUAAAAGUAUUUAUAAAGUGAGAGUGAAAAAUAAGUGAAAGUGAGGAUGCGCAUCUUCGUGACGUUCCGGCGUGAGCGGCUGACGGUUGACGUGGAGACGGGCGUGACGGUGGGGCAGAUGAAGCGGGAGAUACGCGACAAGUUCUCGCUGGUGGGGAACGACGGCACGCACGAGAAGAAGUUCCUCGUUUUGACAUUCGCAGGUUCCACCCUGCAGGACGAGUGGGUGUUCUCCGAUAUCGGCAUCCUCCCGGGAUCGACCAUUAAAUGCGCCCUGAGGGAGGUGGACGGGCCCACUCUGUUCGUGUAUACAGCAUUUAACGGUGAGACGGUGACUUUCCUGGACAAGAUAAAUUUUGUGUCUGGCACGGUGAGCGACGUGCGGAGUCUGGUGACCCGCCGGACGGGCCUGCCCAUCGGCAUUUAUCGGCUACUGGCCCCAGGGGGCAAGGAGAUGUUCGACUGUAACUCUCUGGACUUUUAUAAGGUUGAGCUCGGCGCGACAUUACGCCUGGAGACCUGGGACGGCUGGACGGAGUUUCUGCAGGCCGCCACCACGGGUCAAGCGGGGAGGGUUCUUCUGCAGGUGGCCGAGAACGACAUGGUCCAGAGGUACCAGUACAAGGUAGCGCUGUACAUCGCGGGGCACUACGGGCACGCCGACCUGGCCACUUCGGUGCUGAAGUACGGCGCCAAGCCCGACGAGCCGAUCGGGAUGCACCCGUUCCGGGAGUGGUGCGACCAGGACUCACACCCGCUCGCUACCCAGACCUCUAUACACCACACGGCAGAGACGGGACAGUGGUGCGACCAAGACUCCCAUCCGCUCGCUACCCAGACGUCCAUACACCACACAGCCGAGACGGGACAGACUCUAACUCUAACUCUAACCACCCGUUCCGUGAGUGGUGCGACCAGGACUCCCAUCCGCUCGCUACCCAGACGUCUAUACACCACACGGCAGAGACGGGACAGGUACGGUACCUCAACUCUCUCUAACUCUAACUCUAACUCUAACCACCCGUUCCGGGAGUGGUGCGACCAGGACUCCCAUCCGCUCGCUACCCAGACGUCUAUACACCACACGGCAGAGACGGGACAGGUGUCCGUCCUACGUGUGAUGAUCCAGUACAACCCCAGCUGUCUCGCCUGUAAGUUCCAGGGCAAGAACGCGCUGUCCGUGGCACUUUUGGCGGGAAAACGAGAGGCCGCCAUCUACCUCAUCAGCAAGUACUGGAGCCCGGUCACCAUCAACAACAUCUCCCUGUCCAUCAACAUGUACGCCAAGGUGCGGCGAUGGGCGGAGGGGUCCAGGGAGAGGUCACGAACCGUCACACGUACAGGCAUACAGACAGGCAGACACACACACACACACACACACACACACACACACACAGACAGACAGACACACACAGACACACACAGACACACACAGACACACACGUACAUCACCAUCAACAUGUACGCCAAGGUGCGGCGAUGGGCGGAGGGGUCCAGGGAGAGGGUGUUCCUGAAGAAGGGUUCCGUGGCCACCUCCCUGAAGAGGUCCCCCCACAAGGGCGCGCUGGUCGGACAGGGCGUCAACGUCGACGGCUUCACGUCCAGUCAGAUGACGUCCAAGACGAAAGCGGAGAUGCGUCAGCAGACCCUGAGGGCGAUGGCUGGAGCCAACAAACUCCCGCCGAUGCCUGCGCUCACCAGUAGGUUCAGCAAGACGCUGUUGACGACGCACAAAGAGAAGCUACACCGAGAACAGGACGCGGAAUCCGUCACUCCCAAACGCAGCUUCGCCCAGACCGAUUCCAGCACCGAGCUGCAGCUCCCCAACAUCCCGCCAGGUGGCGCAAAGAAGCUCAAGCUGAGGGCCCUGCUAGGCAAGAAGGAAUCGCCAGUCGGAAUAGACGAGUUGUCUCAGGAGCAAGGCGCUUCCGCGGGACCUAAUAAAAAAUUGGCGAUGAAAUUCGGCGCCGCGAAAACGGUAUCAGAGUCACCUGUGGAAGAUGCAGCAACGCCUAAACCUCAAGGAGGUCUAAUGGGCAAACUUGCCGCGCUAAGGAAGCCUGCGGAAAAGCCUGAAGAAAGCAAAUCUUCUCCAAGUCUCGGGGGAAGGCUUCUAGGAAAACUUCAAGACGCGUCAGGUACGCAGGACGCGCCGGUAGACACUGCACCUCCCCCCGCUCCCGCUGGGGGGCGCUCCAAACUGAAAUCCUUCCUUGGUAAACUAAAAGGGGGUCAAACGACGGAGGCGAGUCCAGACGAGGGGACGGGAGGGGCGACCGGGAACUUUAUCGAAACCGGGAAGGACAAACUGCCCCUCCUGCUGCCCAAACUGACAAACUCGGGUCAGGUCGAAGACGACCUCGGGGUCAAGCAGAGGUCAAAAACGGAGGAGGCGCUUCCCCUUCCCGCGCUGGAGAAGUCCUUCAUCCGACGCCGCUCCAAGACUCAGGAGAUGAGGAAGAGCACGCUGGCGCUGUUUGAGCUUUACCGCGGGCAGACGGCGCACGAGAAGGCAGUCGGCUGUAUGGCCAUCGCUAACACCUUCAAGGAGAAGCCGUGGCUCCACCAGGUGCACCUGGCCGUGACCUUGGCCAGACAGAGCGUACAGAGGUCACUGGAGAAAGGUCGGAAAGAUAAGAUGGAGCCGGUCAAGAGCUCCUCCUGAUGGAAACUGUGUGUGAACUGAUUUUGCAGCCAUCAUGAGGCUCGCUCUGGAGGCGUUACCAAAAAAGACGUGAAAUUUUAGGAAAGGUUUUCAGUACGUAAAUUUGAUAUAAGAUGAUUUAUUCUGUAUAAAUUCUGUUUGAAGAGAAGCUUCAAAGUUGCUCUCAGGCAAGCCCAUAGCUUUAUCAAAUAGAAUCUACUUUUUUGUAUCACAUGAUAUACUGUGGAUAUAGUGUACGAUCAUGGCCAUGCGAGAUUGGAGUAACGUUCUCACAAGCAUGUGAGAGAAAGACUUGAGUGUAGUUUUGGAGUUGUUCGAUCUCCAAGGUCUUAGAGGCUAUUGCCUGUUUCCAUACGUCUUUUUGUUUGCAUAUACAUGUCUUUCAUGUGGUGCAUUUCUUUCUGUGUUUUUCUUUCAUUCGACGCGUCUGCAAAUCAUUCAGUGCAAGAACAACUCGACAAUGUAUCCUCUGCAAAAAUGUGCAGAAACAAGCUAAAGCUGCACUGAAUACUGCAAUACAAGUCGUACAAUAAGAAGCCA